AUGGGGAGCCACCACAUCCCUGGGCUCCAGAGAACCACAUCAGCUGGGUACCGACUGCCCUCCAUCAGGCCACCAGCCUUAGUCUCCCCCACUGCCCAGGGCAGCCCUGUGGCGGGAAGGGGCCUUGCUGGUGGCCACCAGGCCCCCCAGGACCCAGAGGCCAAGCGGGCAUCUCUGAGAGCUGACAAUGUGCAGCAGGACCAGCUGUGGAGGGAGCUCCUGGAGGCCGAGAGGCGGAGCCAGCGGCGCUGGGCUCAGAAUUGGAGUUUCCUGAAAGACUAUGAUCCCAUGGGCAAUGAGAAGGAGCCCGCGAAGUUGCCGGAGUACGUGCCUCCCUUUUCUGACACGGUCCCCAAUUCCACGAACCGGGUCGUGGGCAGCAGGUUGGACACGCAGCUGGGGAAGACCCUCAUCGGCAUGGACUUCUUCUUUGUGGAAGGAGUCAGGAAGAAGAAGCUGGAAGGCGAGCUGCAGCCCGUCUAG